GCGGGACUGGUGUCCACGUUUGGGGAGUCGCGGGUCAUGGUGGUGGAAUUGCUUUGCUGGGAAGAUGAACUGUUUCGAUCAGUGUCUCUUGUGGACUCCUGAGAAGGGACAGAUGGAAUGGUGACACUUGAUGUCCGAUUAUCCCCUGCAGCGACAGAGCUUGACGGCGUGACGCUGUUGGUGUUCGUUUCGCUAUUGGCGUUGACGUCGAGAGCUGCAAAGUUCAAGUUGUCAGCAGUGUUGAGACUUUCUACCCCGGCUGCAGUGUUGUUGAUAUGGUUAGAGUUCUCUUCUUGGACUGCACUGCUGUUCAAAUGGUUGGAGUUCUCUCCCGGGCGUGGAGUGCUGUUGAUCUGGCUGUCGGUGACGGGGGAGGUAUCAGUGCGGAUGCCUCUGGCGGGCACUGGCCCGUAGAUAUACACAAGGCCAAGAGGGUCGUCAGUAUCGUUUCUUAUGACACCGUUGGCCGACAGCAGCUGAUACAGGACCUGGUACAGGGAUUCCAUUUGAGAUUUUCAAAUUCAACUGCUUGUUCGGGGUUGGCGAAAGAGGAUGGCCUGGAUGUAACUCACCGCGUCGUUUAUAUGCUUUGAUUUGCUCGAGCAUGGGGAGCCAUCUCCGCGGUGCGCUGCAUGCCUUAGGAGCCCAUGUCCCAUUAGCGAGAAUAGUGCCCUGAUGGCUGGUGAUUUCGCCCAUGGCAACCUCGCA